AAUUUUUAAAAAAGAAAGUCGCAAUAAACUAUUCUAAAUCUAAAGAUGCAGUUAAAGUUUAUGAAAACGGUCGUUGAAGCUCAGGACUACCUGUACCGCGUGGCCGGGCUGUGCUGGUCUCCGAACAACCAGAAGCUGGCGGUGGCCACCGCCGACCGGACCAUCCUGCUGUUUGACGAAAACGGCGAGCGGCGGGACAAGUUCUCGACGAAACCGGCCGAUCCGAACGCGGGCAAGAGCUCGUACGUGAUCCGGGGGAUCGCGUUCAGUCCGGACUCGAGCCGACUGGCGGUGGCCCAGAGCGAUAGCAUCGUGUACGUGUACAAGCUGGGCGAGUCGUGGAACGAGAAGAAGGUGAUUUGUAACAAGUUUCCGCAGGGCUGUGCCGUGACGUGCGUUACAUGGUUGGCGGGUGGGAUGAUCAUCGCCGGGUUAGAGGAUGGGAAGGUGCGAUCACUGCACUGUAAGAACAACAAAUCCAAGACGUUGUACGCGGCGGAGAGCUUUGUGGUCUCGUUGGCGCCGAACGCUAGAGGGACGGGACUGUUGUCCGGCCAUGAGGACGGAUCGGUGAUCAAGUUCUUUAUCAUUGAGGAGCCGGGUGAGUCGUCUGGGAGGAUUUUGCAGCAUCCGGUGGCACCGAUGUCGCUGGCCUGGCCACAAAGUGGAAUACUGGUGGCGGGAUGUGACAAGAAGGUUUGCUUCUAUGACAGCAUGGGUCGGUUGUCGCGAAACUUUGACUACACGAGGGACGAUACGGAGCGUGAGUUCACCAUUGCGGCCUCCAGUCCGAACGGACAGGCUGUGGCUGUGGGAAGCUUUGACCGGAUUCGUAUCUUUUCGUGGAGUCCGCGGCAGAACACGUGGACGGAAGCGUUAUGCAAGAGUAUUCCAAAUCUGUACUCGGUAACGGCGAUCGCGUGGAGAAAGGACGGAUCAAGGUUGACCGUUGGGUCGCUCUGCGGGGCGGUACUGGCUUAUGAAUCCGUACUGCGUCGAACCAUCUGGCAGGACAAGUUUGAGUUGACGUUCGUGGCUCCAAGUCAGGUUCUGCUCAAAUCCCUGCACGAACCUUCAAAUACCAUGAUCGUGGAGUCGCAGCUAGGGUUGGAGAUCGAUGACGUUCGCAUCAUGGGCAAAGACAACUAUCUGGUCGCCAGAACGGAAGAUUCCCUAAUCCUGUGUGAUCUUAUCCGCGCCAUGACCAGCGAGAUUCCGUGGAUCGCAACGGGUCGUCAUGAACGCUUCUACUUUGAAAACCCAACCGUUGCGCUGAUCUUCAACGCUGGAGAACUCUCGCUGAUCGAGUACGGUCACAACUACAUUCUCGGAUCUGUAAGGACGGAAUUCGUUAAUCCCCACGUCAUUUCAGUUCGUCUGAACGAGCGUGGAAAUUCCAAAAAUAAUAAGAAACUCGCAUAUCUUCUGGACAUGAAAACGGUUUGCGUGGUAGAUCUAAUCCUUCAGUCGACGAUCUCUCAGAUAACUCACGACUCCAAGAUUGACUGGCUGGAACUGAGCGAAACCGGCCACAAACUCCUCUUUCGGGACAAGAAGAUGCGUCUUCUGCUGGUAGAUAUCGCAUCCGGCAAGAAGCAAACCCUCCUAGCGAAGGUAGCAUUCGUCCAGUGGGUUCCCUCCAGCGACGUAGCCGUUGCCCAGAGCGACUCCAACCUCGCCGUCUGGUACAACAUCGACCUCCCGGAGCACGUGACCAUCAUGCCGGUUCGAGGUGACGUAUUCGACGUACUCCGCGAGGAGGGCAAAACCGAGGUGCACACCCGGGAGGGAGCAUCCGAGCACGUGUACAACCUGGACGAAGGUCUGGUCGAGUUUGGAACGGCCGUCAACGAUAGUGACUUUGGUAGGGCCAUCUUCUAUCUGGAAUCGCUCGGGGACAAACCGGCCGCGAAGGCCAUGUGGCACAAUUUGGCGAACAUCGCACUGGCACAGCAGAAUUUAAGGGUAGCGCAACGGUGCUUUGCCGCGCUUGAAAACGCUUCGAAGACGUUCUACAUCGGGGAGAUGAUCAAGAUUGCGGAAAAGUACGAGGAAAGCACGGGAAGUCCCGGAAUGAACUGUCCGGAGGUGAGGGCAAGGAUGGCGCUGCUCGGUGGGGAUUUGAGGUCAGCGGAGCGCAUCUACAUCGAGCAGGGUGACAUCGAAGCGGCGCUGGACAUGUAUAAGAAGCUACGCCGCUGGGACGAUGCCAUCAAGCUGGCGGAACGUCGCGGCUACCACGGGCUGGCCGAGCUAAAGGAGCAGCAGAUGGAGUUCCUGCUGAACACCAACCAGGAAGAGAAGGCUGGCGAAGUGCUGGAAGAACGCGGCGAGAAGGACAAAGCAAUGACGCUGUACAUGAAGGCAAACAAGCCGGUGAAGGCGGCGAAGCUGGCACUCAAGACGCCGCAUCUACUAUCCAAUGAGAACAUCGUGACUCGAGUGUCGGCCUCUCUGGUAAAAGCGGAAUUGUUCGAACUCGCUGCAGAGUUGGCUCACAAAACGGGUCAGCAGGAGCAGGCCAUCAGUCUGUACCGGAAGGGAGGAGCAUACGCAAGGGCGAUCGAUUUGGCCCGCUUUGUUUCGCCGGACGAGGUGAUCUCUCUGGAGGAGGAAUGGGGUGAUUGGUUGGUGUCGAAGCGACAGCUGGAUGCGUCGAUCAGUCACUACAUCGAAGCAGGUUGCACGGUCAAAGCGCUGGAAGCAUCCGUUGGAGCGAAGCAGUGGCGCAAAGCGGUUCAGAUCGCGAAAGUCGUCGAUGAUCCGGAGGAGAUCAGGAAGUAUGCGGUCGAGCUGGCUGAGCAUCUGUGUCUGAUUGGGGAUGUAAAGACCGCGGAAGAGUUGUUGAUUCGGGCGGAGAUGUACAAGGAAGCGGUUAACUUGCUGAACAAACACGGUCAAUGGGAGAAGGCGUUUGAUAUUGCGGACAAGUUUUUGGAGUCGGAAGAUGUGAAGGACAUGUUUAUAGAGCUGGCAAAGGGACUUGAAGGAGAAGGGAAGUACCGGGAUGCUGAAAAGGUUCUGUUGACGAUAAAUGAGCCAGACAUUGCUAUCAACAUGUACAAGGAGCUGGAGAUGUACGAUUCAAUGAUCCGUCUGGUGGAGCGAUACCAUAAGAACAUGCUGGAACAAACUCAUGCAUCACUGGCGAGGCAGUUGGAGACCAAGGGCCGUCUUAAGAACGCUGAAGUACACUUUUUAGCUGCUGGAGAUUGGAAGGCAGCCGUCCAUAUGUACUGUACGGCCAACAAGUGGGAGGAAGCGCACCGCGUGGCUAAGCAGAAGGGAGGCGAAGGAGCCUCGAACCAGGUUGCGUUCAUGUGGGCAAAAUCCCUUCCGAUCGAGGGAGCCGCUAGACUGCUCACCAAGAUGAACCUGAUCGAUAACUCGAUCGCAUAUGCUUGUGAAGCUGGACAGUUUGAUUUCGCGCUGGAUCUUUGCAAGGCUAGCGGUAAGCCGGCUGAUGAAGUGCACUUGAAGAUUGCGAUGGCCUUGGAGGACGAUGGGAAGUUUACGGAGGCGGAAGCGGAGUUCUUGCUGGCGAACAAACCGAAGGAAGCGAUCAUGAUGCACACGCACAGUGGUGACUGGAAGUCGGCACUUCGGGUGGCGGAAAAGUAUCUGCCGGAAGCGGUCAAGGAGGUACUGCUGAGUCAGGCAGCGUCAGCGCUGGAGUCUAGGAAUUAUCCGGAUUAUGAAGCUCUAAUGAUCCGGGCAGAUCGUCCGGACUUGAUCCUGGAACACUACAAAGAGUAUAACAUGCUGAGCGAUGCGUUGAGAAUUGCCAAGGAGUACGUUCCGGGUGCGCUCGCAGAGAUUCAGAAGUUGUACGCGAGAGCAAAUCGUGGCAGUGGAUCGAAUGAUUCGAGAUAUCUGCUUCAGAAGGCUUCGGAGUAUGCAAGAGCGGAGGAGUUUAAGAAGGCGACGGAAUGUCUGCUGCAGAUCACCGAUGGAAACGCAGAUGAAGCUACGGUAGGACGAGCUUUGCUGCGAGCAGCUGAAAUCUGUAACCAAUUUCUUGAAGGUCCAGAGGCGAUGGACAUCGCUCGCGAUCUUGGACCACGGCUGAUCGAGAUCAACCAGAUUGGACCGGCUGCCCAGCUGUACUUGGCAGCGGAGAUGCCUCGCGAGGCGGUUGACGUUUUCAUAAAGACGGACAACUGGAGCAAAGCUCGCCGACUGGCAAAGGAGAUCGAUCCCCAGUUGGUAGCGUACGUGGAGACACAGCAAAAGUCUCGCCUGCGGAACCAAGGAAAUGUAGAGCAGCUGGCGGAUAUUGACAUAAUGGGAGCGUUGGAUCUGUUGGCCGAGCAGGGCCAGUGGACACGCUGCAUCGACAAGGCGAAGCAGCACAGUGUUCCGGUACUGCAAAAGUAUCUGGCUCAGUACGCAGCCCAACUGAUACGGGACCGGGAUUGUGUAGCAGCGUUGAAUCUUUACCUUGAACACGGAGUCCCUCCGGUGGCCCAAAACUUCAACAUCUACAACCGCAUCGCACUGGAGUGCUUUGCUUUGCGUGAGCCGGACGGAGUUCAGAUUUGGAAGAACCUUCGGAACUUGCUGAACUUGGUGCAAGCGUUGCGCGGAUCGGACCAAGCCGAAGCUGACGUGAUCGAUCGUUUCGAGCAGCUGCUGAUGAUCUCGCACUACUACUGCACUCGGGCAGCAUGUCGUCAGGCACCCGCUCUGCAGUCGAUCGCGGUCAAGAUCUCCGUUGCGAUGCUUCGCCACACGGAUGUGGUUCCGGUUGACAAGGGUUACUACGAAGCGGGGAUGGAUUUGCGCGGCUUGGGACGCGAGUCGGAAGCGUUUGUCAUUCUGAACCACUAUCUGGACGUUUGCGAAGCGAUUGAGGAAGGUUCCGGCAACCUGGUCGACCACUCUGACCUCUCGUCCACGGAUUUUCCUAGCUCGGUCCCGAUACCGGCUGAGUUGCACCUGAAGAACGAACUCAACUUGCACGAGGAAAUCCGUGAAUGGGUGUUGGCCGUCAGUAUGGACCAGAAGGUCGACCAGGUACUGCCGACCGACGAUCGGAACCUGUACGAGUCCAGUUUGGGCAUUUCGGACCAGGCUUGUUUGGUGAGUGGCUAUCCGGUUAUGGGACGCCAACCGGUGGUAUUCCAACGGACGCACCGGCUGGCCAAUCGGGACGCAUGGAGCAAGCUAACGGUGGCGGCCAGAAUGGCACCCCAAACGGACAUUCCCAGCGUCAUCGAGUUUAUCGAGAAGUGGUGCGGACCAGCCAAUUUCUUGUCUGGUUAAAUCAUCAAUAAGGGAAAAGCCACUCGAAAACGAUUUUAAGGUUAGAAAUUCUGACAGGUGGUUUGCAGGUAUCCAGUUUGACAGAUGUCAGAAAUAUUUUUGUCUGAGUGAAAGAAAGGAGGUGACCUGUCAAAAUGUCUAACCUUAUUUUUUUUAUUCUAGUUGGUAAGUUUGUUUUGAAAUAAUCUAUUGUAUCUUUGAACAGUCACUUAAAUAAAAUGAUUUCUCUGACAU